CGUGAGGUCACCGAAACACGUGACCUUUCCAACGCUGUAAACAUGGCGGGCCCUGUGGAAGCAAGAUUUGAUGCUGCAGUUAACGUCGUACGAUCAAUGCCAAAAAAAGGUAUUAAUAACCUUUUUGAAUCAAAACGUUGAAAAGGAGUGAAUGAAGUUGUUCAAAACUUAUUUUUCUUCAUAUUUUAGGCGCCUAUCAGCCUUCCUACGACACUAUGUUAAAGGUAAGCAGAAGUUUGUGAAGCCAGUUCAGUAAGCUUAAAUGAAAAUUGAAAAGUUCAGUUUUCUUCUCUCUUCUUAUACGUAGGAAUUUUUUGACAAUUUUUAUUUGAAUAAUUCAAAAAUACCUUUAAUCUGAUGUCAUUCUCUUGGAGAGAAUUCGAAAUGGCAAUUUUUGCAAAGUUCGUGUAAGUUUCUUGUGGGGCGCAGGUUGAAUGAGUACAGUACAAAGUCUUCAUAAAUUUAAUGACGUUUACUCUUUAGUUGUUGUUAAAGAUUCUUACAAAACUUAGCCGUGCAAAAGGAUGCAAAACAAACGUAAAUAACUAUAAUUCCAGUUGAUUUGUGUAGAUUUAAGUUAAAAAUUAAGCCUUAUUUGUUUAUUGUCUAUGCAUACAAGUUAAGAUUACAAUGAUAUUGAUUGUUUGUAUUAAGCUGAAAAAAAUCCACAUAUUGCAUUUGUUUGGCAGUGGAAGUUUUCUGUUAUCCGGGAUGGUCUUUAAGUUGUGAUGACAGUGACAUCAACACUGAUGAUAUUGAUGAUGAUGAUGUGAAAGAUGCUGAUAACCAUAUUGGCAUAAAAACAAGAAACCAUUUUUGGGAUUUUUUUGGUCCACACAGUCAGUCAGCUAUGUUUGUCUAAAUUGUCACAUUUUUUUCAAACACUGGAUGUUCCUCUUGUUCCCAAACCAUCACUUUAUUUAUUCACAUGAUUGAUGUGACACAUCUAUUUUUGUAUGAACAAUGUUCAGUGGGUUUCAUUAUUAUUAAUUUUUUUUCAGUUCUACGCUUUCUACAAGCAAGCUAAAGAGGGUGAAUGCUGUGAAUCAAAGCCUGGAUUUUGGGAUGUAGUAAAGAAAGCAAAAUGGUCAGAGUUUGCUGAUAUUACUUAA